UACCGUGCAUGUUGCCCUUUCUGACUCCGCAGUACUGAAAACGUUGGAAACAUUUGGGGGACGUUUUAUCGUUUACACGUUGACCACAGCAGUUGCUAGAACCGUAUUUUGCGAUGGGAAGACCAGGAUCAGGCACACCACGUGGCGGUGGUAGAGGUGGUCGUGGCGGAGGAAGAGGUGGAUUUAAAAGUCCUGGACGUGGUGGUCGUGGUGGAAGCAGAGGUGGAGGAAGAGGAGGUGGGAGAGGACGAGGUGGUGGUCGUGGAGGUGGAAGAGGUGGUUUUAAGGGUGGAGCAAGAGUUUCUGUUGAACCUCACAGACAUGAAGGCGUAUUUAUUGCUCGGGGUAAAGAAGAUGCAUUGGUCACCAAGAAUAUUGUCCCUGGUGAAACUGUGUAUGGGGAAAAGAAGAUUGCAGUUGAUGUUGAGGAAGGGAAUAAAGUUGAAUACAGAGUUUGGAAUCCAUUCCGAUCCAAACUGGCUGCUGCCAUCUUGGGUGGUAUUGACAAGAUUCACAUGAAACCGGGUAGCAAAGUUCUGUAUCUUGGAGCAGCUUCAGGAACAACAGUUUCACAUGUCUCUGACAUUGUUGGACCUGAUGGUCUUGUGUAUGCAGUGGAAUUCUCACACAGAUCCGGAAGAGACUUGAUCAAUGUUGCCAAGAAAAGGACAAACGUAAUUCCAAUCAUCGAGGAUGCACGUCACCCUCACAAAUAUAGAAUGCUUGUGGGUAUGGUUGAUACCAUUUUUGCUGAUGUUGCCCAACCUGAUCAAGCAAGAAUUGUUGCGAUUAACGCACAUAACUUCUUAAAAAAUGGAGGACAUUUUGUAAUAUCUAUAAAGGCAAACUGUAUCGAUUCUACGGCUGAACCAGCAGCUGUUUUUGCUGGAGAAGUGAAGAAAAUGCAAGCAGAGAAAAUGAAACCUCAAGAACAGCUCACCCUGGAACCUUACGAAAGAGAUCAUGCUGUUGUCGUUGGAAUUUACAGACCUCCACCAAAGAAAGCUGCAGCCUAAAAGAUCUAUCACCCUAAGACUCUUCCAAUACAGGAACAGAUUCAUCAACUAUUAAAUCAAUCACAGCUAAGAUAGUGAUCGUGUAGUCCUGGAAACUUCGGAUGAAAUUCACUAUCGAAAAGAGCUUUUAUACGGAUCGGAGCUUUUUCUUAGUUUCUAGUUUUGUCAGUGCUUCAAAUUUUGUAUAUACACACGAUUGUUAGCAAUAUCAAGCGUAAAAAUCGUGGAUAUCAAAAGGAAGAUAAAAAGCCGUGUAAAAAUUGCACGUGCGGGAUUACAUAUAGCGUUGUCUUUAAAUUUCGAGUGGAUGGGGUGUGAAUGAAAAUUUUUAGCUAAUUUCCAUAAUAUCUGGCACACAACAGUACCUGUAAAAGUUUUCAAAUUCUGAUGUAAGAAGGAAAUCUUUUUAUAUGACUCUUGUCGUC